GUACAAACAUUAUUAAUAAUGAAGAAGUUGCCAUCAAACUUGAAUCUACGAAAGCUAAACAUCCACAAUUAGAAUAUGAAGCAAAGGUUUAUAAAACACUGGCCGGUGGUGUGGGUAUCCCGUUCGUCCGCUGGUACGGUACUGAAUGCGAUUAUAACGCAAUG